AUUUUCUCUUGUAGUUGUUUAUAUUUUCAUUAGUUUCAUAACAGAACGACAGUAAUUAAAUUUCUAGAGUAAAAAUAUGAAAUGGAAAAAAAAAAAACCCCAAACAGUUAGGAAAAAGAGAAAAAAGGAAUUAUCAUAUAUAGAAAGUUAGAGACUACCCUUCUCUUAAUUCAUCAAAAAUAAAAAGCCUCUCUUCCCCUGUCUUCUUCGUCCCUGCAAAUCUUCUUUUUUUCACUUUCCUGCGGUGACCCCUAACCUUUCAUCCUUCCUUUCCCAUUCCACCACAGGGGGUCGCCCAUCUUCCCAUUCUCCGCCUGUUCCUUUCCAUUUCAAUUCCAGUUCAAUUUCAAUCCCAAUUCCAAUUCCCCCCAGUUUCAAUUUCAAUUCAACUACUAUCCAAAAACAAAAAAAAAAGAUAACAGCUCCGUGAAAUUGUGUAAAAAAAAAGAGACGGAAAGGGAUUCAAUUAGGGCUCCGAUUUCCAUCAAUUGAUCCGUCCGAUCGGGGAUUUUAUUCCGCCGCGAAGUUCAACCAUGUCGGAGAUGGCGAACACAGAUCCCGAGGGGAUCGACGGAGUUCGGAUGUCGUGGAACUCGUGGCCGCGGACCAAGGUGGAAGCUAGCAAAUGCGUGAUUCCUUUGGCGGCUUGUAUCUCGCCGAUCCGUCACCACCCGGAUAUUCAAACCCUACCUUACGCUCCUCUGCGAUGCAAGACGUGCGCUUCCCCGCUCAACUGCUUCGCCCGGGUCGAUUUUACCGCCAAGAUCUGGAUCUGCCCGUUCUGCUUCCAGCGCAACCAUUUCCCUCCGCAUUACGGGAUGAUCUCCGAGACCAAUCUGCCCGCCGAGCUGUACCCUCAGUUCACCACCGUGCAGUACACCCUGCCCAACCCUAGCAUCAAUCCGCAGAUGGGUGUUGAUCCUAACGUCCCCACUGCGCUUUCCCCGUCACCGGUUUUCGUCUUUGUGCUGGAUACCUGCAUGAUCGAGGAGGAAUUCGACUAUGUUAGAUCCGCUAUGAAGCGGGCUAUCGGGUUGUUGCCGGAGAAUGCGCUUGUUGGGUUUGUCUCAUUCGGGACGCAAGCUCAUGUUCAUGAGCUCGGGUUCUCGGAUAUGUCCAAGGUUUUUGUCUUCAGGGGAACCAAGGAGAUUACCAAGGAUCAGGUUAUGGAGCAGCUGGGCUUAACUGUUCCUGGCCGUAGAGGCCCUGGUGCUUCUGCUGCUGCUGCCUACCAGCACAAAGGGAUGAUGCCUAAUGGCUUCCCAGGUUCUGGUGUCACAAGGUUCUUGUUGCCUGCAUCCGAUUGUGAAUUUACACUCAACUCGCUUCUUGAUGAGUUGCAAACAGACCAAUGGCCCGUCCAACCAGGAACCCGGGCUUCAAGGUGUACUGGCGUGGCUUUAAGUGUUGCAGCAGGACUUCUUGGAGCUUGUUUGCCUGGCACUGGUGCCAGAAUCAUAGCUUUGGUUGGAGGUCCAUGCACCGAAGGUCCUGGCACGAUUAUAUCAAAGGAUUUGUCAGAUCCUGUACGUUCUCAUAAGGACCUUGACAAGGAUGCAGCUCCAUACUUCAAGAAAGCAGUCAAGUUUUAUGAUGGUCUGGCAAAACAGCUUGUCAGCCAGGGCCAUGUGUUGGAUGUCUUUGCCUCAGCACUUGAUCAGGUUGGGGUUGCCGAAAUGAAAGUUGCAGUCGAGAGAACUGGGGGACUUGCAGUUCUGGCAGAGAGUUUUGGGCACUCUGUUUUCAAGGACUCCUUCAAGCGUGUAUUCGAAGAUGGGGAACAUUCUCUUGGCCUCUGUUUCAACGGGACACUUGAGGUUAACUGUUCGAAGGACAUCAAAAUUCAGGGAAUAAUUGGACCUUGCACAUCGAUGGAAAAGAAAGGGCCGAAUGUUGCUGAUACUGUCAUAGGGGAGGGCAACACUUCAGCCUGGAAGAUGUGUGGGCUUGAUAAGAGUACUUGCUUGACUGUGUUUUUUGAUCUUUCAUCAAGUGAUAGAUCAAAUACUCCAGGCACUGUAAAUCCACAGUUAUACCUGCAGUUUCUCACUAGCUAUCAGACACCUGAAGGUCAAACCCUGCUUCGGGUUACAACUGUAACUAGGCGAUGGGUAGAUAGUACUGUUAGUUCAGAGGAAUUAGUACAAGGGUUUGAUCAAGAGACAGCAGCUGUUGUAAUGGGAAGACUGGCAUCCUUAAAAAUGGAGAUAGAGGAAGGAUUUGAUGCAACCCGUUGGCUGGACCGAAAUCUGAUUCGUUUGUGUUCUAAAUUUGGAGACUAUCGGAAGGAUGAUCCGUCAUCCUUUACAUUGAACCCCUGCUUUUCAUUGUUCCCCCAAUUCAUGUUCAAUCUCCGACGGUCCCAAUUUGUACAGGUUUUCAAUAACAGUCCAGAUGAGACUGCUUAUUUCCGCAUGUUGUUAAACAAAGAAAACAUUACCAAUGCCGCUGUCAUGCUUCAGCCGUCGUUGAUAUCUUAUUCCUUCAAUUCAUUACCUCAACCGGCACUCCUAGAUGUUGCGUCUAUUGGCGCUGACCGAAUUCUCUUGCUCGAUUCUUACUUCAGUGUUGUCAUUUUCCAUGGUAUGACUAUAGCACAGUGGCGUAACAUGGGUUACCAGAAUCAGGCCGAACACCAGGCGUUUGCACAGCUUUUGCAAGCUCCUCAAGAUGAUGCUCAGAUGAUAAUCCGGGAGCGUUUCCCAGUCCCUAGGCUUGUGGUGUGUGAUCAGCAUGGAUCCCAGGCAAGGUUCUUGUUGGCGAAAUUGAACCCAUCAGCGACGUACAACAAUGCACAUGAGAUGGCAGCUGGUUCAGAUGUUAUAUUCACAGAUGAUGUCAGCCUUCAAGUCUUCUUCGAGCAUCUACAGAGGCUAGCCGUGCAGUCUUGAUCUUGUUAAGGGAGGGGUAUCUAGUGGCUGAGGAAGUCUCAGCUCGCUGUGACCCGCCACUGUUGCUCUGUCCCUGCUGUCGGUCGUGGUUGCCCUUGUUUCUGUUUGUCUGUCUUUUCCUCUCCCAUGUGUUCGAGUUUUUCGAGAAGAGAGAUGGUAGCCCCACUUAGAGAUCAUGUGCAAAAAAUAACCGAGUAGGUCCAUAACAUUCGGUAGGAGAGGGAGGGAACAAGAUUGACUUGCAGAGCGAGGGGGACAAAGAGAAUGAUGUUUAAAAGAGUUAGACAGGGAAGGGUUUUGUGUUACCAUUGUGGAAGGAGGAGCUGUGUCAAGAAGGGAGAUUUGUGAGGUUUGGAAGAGGAAACCUAGCUAGCUACCCUUGUCAAGUGUUUUAUUUGUGUAUUAAAUUAAGGGUUUUUCUCCUCUGGAAGUUUUCCUUCUUUUUUUACCCUUGGAUAGAUGAAAGAGAAUUGAAAUUGAUGAUGAUGGUCUAAAGAUAAUCUUCUGAGGUACCUGAGGAAGAGCUGAGUUUGGGGGGUAAUACUUGGAAUCUUUUUUUGUUUUGUUUUGUCUACUUGAUAGACCAUAUGAAUAUACAUGCUUUUGCUUCUCUUUAUCUUUGCCCUUUUGUUUCCCUUAUUAUCUUCUCAACUCCAGCUCGGGAUAGAGUGGAAUUAACAUUCACAGGUCGCGAUUUAGUUCGUUUUGCUGAAUCGAAAACUGGUGUUGGUGUACAG